CCAUAAUAAAGUUUAAUACUUUAGACUUCAGUAAUUAUAAUGGGGCAAUGAGGGUAGUUAGAUCUAGAACGGAAAAAUAUUAUACGGACAAUUACUCGUCAACAUGGAAACUAAUUCCCAAAAAUUGAAAAAGAUUAUUUGUGAUAAAAAGGAGGAUGAAUUUCUUGAAGUUUUACGUUCCGGUUUGGAUCCUAAUUUCGAGGGAGGCUGGCCGAUUAGGUUAGCAGCAAGAUUCGGUUGCACUACUAUAGUUGAAAAACUAUUGCAAUUUGGAGCAAAUCCACACUUAUUGAGUAAUUCGGGUGCUUCAACUUUACAACUAGCUGUGUUUUCUGGUGAACAUUGGAACUCAAAUAAAUGGACUCCUUUACUAUCUUGUUGCGAUUCAUCACAAUUAGCUGACGGUGCUGCAGUAGCUAUAAUAUUCAACAACGUUGCGGCAUUGAGAAGUAUUUUAGGAACGGGCAGAUGUAACACAAAUAUUCCUACAACUCUAACAGGCAAGACUGUGGAGAUGUUAGCGAAAGGUUAUAAAUUAAGUCAUCUAAUGAACUCGCCAAUUAUACAAAAUUAUCAUGAACAUACAUCAACAAUGUCACCAAGAAUAUCAAGACAAACCCGAACGGAUCCGGCUUUAUUGUCGCCAUACCAUUCGCAAAGAAACUUAUCACCGUCGGUCGCGAGAUUUUUUCAUCAAACAUCAAGUCAGUCAUCUUUAUCUCCUUCAAGACGAGGAAUAGUAACGACAUCAUCGCCUUCGUCUAACGACAAUUGUUGAUUAAGUAGACAAUCUAAACGGCACUGAUUCUGUUGCUCAAACUAAGAAAAACGACUGCUAUCUUAUCUAACACAAUAAUUUUUAUAAAAUGUAAGAAAAGGGAAACGAUGGAUAACAAAUUAUUUAGAAAUGUUAAACUAGUUUACACCCUUAACAUGACUGUUACCAGCACAGUUUCCAGGUUCAACGAGUUAGAACUUAGUUUCACACCUCUAAUAAUUUAUUUCCUUUUCCUGUCCCACAAUUUUUUAACAAGCCGACAGCUGUUUUUGGAUAAUUUGAUUAGCAAUAGAAUCAAUGCAAUUUGUGACAAAAAUGGAAUAAGUACCUAUCUACUUACGUAUUCAUUCUGUACAUAAUUUUUUUUUU